AUGGAUGUAUAUUACGAGAAUCUGCUGUUAGACCAACCGGAAAGUGUGGAGUUGUGGUCUGCCUACGCAAACAGUCUCCGGGACCCCUUGGAUCGUGCAAAGGUGCUGGCGCGAGCAGCCGCUGCGAUGCCUGAUUUGACUAUAUGGCAAAGACUGAUUGAGUUGAGAAUGGGAAGAGAUGGAGAGGCCGCAAAAGAAGCAUUAUAUGAAUGCCUCGUUGACGCCCUAGCACUUUUCCCGAAGAAUAAACAGAUGUGGAAGACGUUGCUAGGCGAGUUUCCAGGACCGGCUUCCUUCGACCAUUAUUUGCGCUAUGGGCCGGAUCCGGGCUCAAUUUGGCCUGAAUACUUGAAAUGGGCUGAUGAAAACAACCAGCCGGAGGUUUAUGCACGUUACGCCGAAUUUAUAGGCAAUCCCGUGCAGGUAGCCGAACAAUUGUUGGCGAAAAACCACCCUUCCACGGCACUUGGCAUCAUUGUUAGUGCCCCAAUGAAAAGUUUAGAUGAUUUCAAGGUUCUGGUGAAAGCUGCGGAGGCGGCCAACGACCCAAGAUGCACCGAAUUCUACCGUUCGGCUCUACGGAUUUUUCCUCAGUCCGAUGGCUGGAUCAUUCCUGCUUUCGCCGCUUAUUUGACAAGCCAAGGUGAGAAUGAAGAUGCCCGUUGUCUUUUGGAAAGUUCUUUGACGGUUGCCACGUCUGUCAGAGCUUUUGUCGAGAUAUUUGCUGCUGCGUGCUCCUUUUACGAAGCAUACAUUUCGUCACUGAUUGAUGCAGGCGAGAAGUCUGAAGUUACCCUUGAAUCUUACCAGUUGCUAUUAAAACGCCGGCGACUACUCUUGAAUGAGGUCUGUAUCAGGACAGAGCCAAAUUUCGUUGGCCAUUGGCUUGAGAGGGCCGAGCUAUUAGACUCUCGCGAAUUCAAAGUGAAAGUAUUUGACGAAGCUCUGGAAAAAAUUGAUCCUCACCGAGCAGAAGGUGGACUAUCUCGUAUUUGGAUUGCAUAUUCUCAGUCGUUGAGCUCAAUGGUCGAGGUGCGUACGCUUUUCGAUCGAGCUACAAAGGUGCCGUUCCGCGAAAUGUCUGAACUUGUGUCUAUAUGGAAGUCAUGGGCACAAAGAGAAAUAUAUGACCCAAAAAGAAGCUUGAGAGUUCUUGAAAAGGCACUGGCUGGCCCAGCUAAUUCAAGCAUUCAACUAAACAACCACCAUCUGAGCCCGCAAGAAAGGUUGCACAAAUCACCAGACCUGUGGAAGUUUUAUCUCGAGCUGGCCACGAAACAUAGCGAUCUGGACAAAGUUCGUGAAAUAUACUCAAAGAUGUUGCGCUACAAGGUUGUCAGUGUGUCAGGUGUAAUUAGUUACGCCAACCUGUUAGCAUCUAAUGGGUUUGUCGAAGAAUCUUAUCGAGUUUACGAGAGGGCUACUGCAGAAUUUCCUUUCCCAUCUGCCUACAAGUUGUGGAUUUCUUAUCUGGACAAAGUCAAGGAGACCCGCUUGAGUUUGGAACGGCUUCGUGAUUUGUAUCAGCAGGUUCUAGAUACUUGUCCACCAGACCAAGCAUUACCUUUUUAUUUACGAUACAGUCAACUGGAACUAGACAAGGGACUGGUUUCAAGUGCAUUAACCAUUCUGGCUCGAGGACUAGAUGUUCUUCCCCCGUCUGAUUUGCCCGAGCUGGUAGGGGUUUAUCUCACAGCUCUCAAAGAUAACAAUGGGUUGCAGUCAACUCGUCCAGUUUACGAAAAGGCCCUUGGCCGGCUGCAGUAUGACAGCUUAGGAUCCUUCGCAAGAGAGUUUGCCGAGGUCGAGCUCCAGCUUGGUGAUUUGAACAGAGUGCGAUCGAUCCUUAAAUUUGCAUCUCAAUUCUACGAUCCACAGCUUCCCAAAGGUGCUGUAUUCUGGGACAGAUGGCAAGAAAUCGAGCAGGAGUAUGGUGAUGCAGCGUCGUUUCGAGAAAUGCUUCUCGUCAAACGGACAGUUGAGGACGCAAUUCUCAGUGAUCCAUACCGUCUGGCCGAUCGAGAAGAGUAUAUAGAUUUUGUCAAGACAUGA